AUGAUUUAUUCUCAACCAUUUUUUCAGUCAAAAGUCGAAAUUUUACUGAUUACACCGAACGAUACAAUCGAAUUUUCCGACAUUUGCCUUUUUAAAAUUGUUCAUUUUAAUUUUUCGUUCUUUAUUUUUUUUUCUUUUUAUACAAUCAUCUUAAUUUCAUUCCAUUUUACUUUUCUUCGAUCUUUCUUUUUGCCCGUUUUUCUUUCUUUCUGUUCGUCUUUAUUUCUUUCUUUCUUUAAUUGUCUUUCUCAUUUCUUUUCGUUUCUUUACAUUCCUCUGCUUUUCAUUAUGUCGUCUUUGUAUUUCUUUUUUUUCAUUAUAUCUCAUCUCUUCUUACUUUCUCUCUUUUGUGUUCUUUUGCUCGACAUUUUUACUUAUCUUCCAUCUUUAUUUCUUUUAUUUGUGUUCUUUAUUUAUUUCAUGAAUCUUUCGUUAUCUCUUCAUUUCGCAAAAUCUGUUUCUUUAUUUACUUCUUUUAUUCGUUAUUUCUUUUCUUCCUUUCAUCACUUCAUCGUUUCACUCAUUUAUUUAUUUCUUUUCCGCUCUCUUUUUAUUCAAUUUAUCCUUUUUCCUUUCCUUUUUUUUCCUUUCCUUCUCCUUUUUACUUUCCUUUUGACUCUCUUUCUCUUCUGA